CAAUGUAAGUCAAUGGGACUUUGGCCUUUUUGCAACCCAGUGGUACUUCCUAUAUGGAACACGGAAGUAGGGGGGCUUGCUUUGUCCAGUUAUUCUUAUAUACAGUCUAUGGUCUCGCAGCAGCUCAGCGUCCGCCUCCAUCUCAGGCGCCCUCUCCCUCCCUUUCCCCGCCCCCGCCUGCAGCAACGUGGUCUCGCCGACGAUCCAGGCGAGGCGCAAGUUACCUCAAACACAAAGCCAAAGUUAUACCGGAAGUUGUUUGUGUCAAGCGGAAAUUAGCUUAGCUUAGUUUAUUUUAGCAUUUUUUAUCCUGAAGACCGCUGUGCUGUGGAUUAUCCGCUUAUUACAGGUGCAGCUGCAGCAUCGAUGUCUUCAAUCCAGGCUCUGAGAGAGUUUAUCAGCGAGCGACUAACUGCAGCUGCUGAAGAAAUAUUCAGACAGAUUGAAAAAACCAUCAUCCAGUACGAGGACGAGAGGGACCCUCAGCGCAGACUGCUAGAUAGCAGCUGGAAGAGAAGCACAAACACAGCAGGAAAACUGGAACCCGAGGAUGAGGUUUGCAUCAGCAGCCAGCUGCCCCAAAUGACUGCCUACAUCCAACCACCCAGCGUUAAACCUCCCGCCUCCCCAGUCCCAUCUGAAAGUCACUCAGAAUUUACACACAAAACAACACUAUAUCUUCUGGAUCUUUGCCACACACACAUUAAUUUAUAUAACACAAACAAACAUUUGUUUUACAAAAAAUUGGAACAAAACUUCCACAAAAAAGGCUAUCCAUUCACACUUGACAAAAUUAGAAAAAAAGUAGGUAAUCUACUGACCACAUAUAAACGGAACAAGGCCCGCUUGACAUCAACAGGGGACACAAAAAUCUCAUGGGAAUACUAUAUGAAAAUAGAUAAAAUAUUUGGCGAGUUGGGAGUGGGAAGUGUUCAAGUGGGGACUGUUAUAUCCACUCCACUGAUGGGGUGGAUACAGCUAGCCCCCUCCACCACACUCCAGCUGGCCCAGCCAGAGCCCUCCAUCACACCCAAGCUGGAGCCCUCCAUCACACCCAAGCUGGAGCCCUCCAUCACACCCAAGAUGGAGCCCUCCACCUCACCCAAACUGGAGCCCUCCAUCACACUUAAGCUGGAGCCUUCCACCUCACCCAAACUGGAGCCCUCCAUCACACCUAAGCUGGAGCCCUCUACCUCACCCCAGCCGGGUCCCUCCACCGCACUCCUGCAGCACCCAGCACGUGCCGUGUGUUCCAAAAGAAAGAAGUCUGAAGACCUUGAAGAGACAUACGAACGCCAUGCUGAGCAGAGGACGGUGGCACGGAAAGCAACGGUGUACCCUGAUUUGAAAAAACGUUGUUGGCUGCAGGAAAAAAGACAAGCGGCGUAUCAGAGGAAAAUGUUGACGUCAGUGUAUGGAAUCCUUAAACAAUUGAAAACAAUGUCAAAUCAACAAGAAAAGAUACUAGAGGAACUGAAAGAAGUUAAUAAAAAUAGAUAAAACAUAA